GGAAAAGAAAAUAAAAGAAGAAAAAAAAAAAAAAUCCAACUCUCUUUCUCAGAGCCAGGCUUCUUCCCCCCUGGCUCCCCCCUCCCGUAUUUGUAUAUAUUUCGAGAGGAGAGUCAGGCUUAGUUUGUUCAUAAAGUGCAGUUCCUGGGCGGACCCCACACACAGCUGGGCUUUAGCGGCUGGAUCCGCCUUCCCGGCAAGGCUGGCCGGGAGCCUCCCGCAAAACUCGGGGCUCCGGGCUUGACAGCAGAAAGGCAGGAGACUGGCUGCACCCAGGGAAGAUGAACUGGUCAACGCCGUGAAGCCGGGCUCCUGGUCGCCGGCGGGAUGCAGAAAAUGGGUUACUGGAGGAGACCGGGUCUGCUUUCCUUACUGCUGCUCUCCUUCUCCUGCUGUGCCGGCGCCCGCCGCAGCCUGAAGACCAACCUGUGCAAGUGGUGUGACUCCACACCACCGGCCUGCGAGGAGAAGGUCUGCUACAGCAACUGCAACCUCAACUCCUACUGCGAGGACCCCUACGAGAUCUGCGUGGCCAUAUGGAGGCAGGACAACGAGAGCAUCAGGAUCAGCACGCUCUGCCACAACCCCCACCGCCCCAUCGAAAACCUCAUGGUCCCCAACUACAACACCUCGCGCUGCAUCAUGACCCACCAGCCCAGUGAGGAGGGGAUCAUCUACAUCUGCGGCUGUGUGGACGAGCAGGAGUGCAACGAUAAACUCAUCUUUGAAAACCACACCAAUGGCUACUCCAUGCUGCAGAGCAAAGAGGUGAUCCCGGUGGCUGCCAUCAGCCUCCUGCCCCCACUGCUGGUGGCGGUGAUGAUCACGGUGACGUUCUACCUCUGCCGCACGCAGAAGCGGCGCAAGAGGGCCAAGGCGUGGGGGGGGAAAGCCGGGCAGCCCCCGGCCCUGCCGGAGCCGGGAAGGUCGGCCGAGCGUGAGGAGAAGUUGUCCGUGCUGAUGGAUGAGAGCCCGGCCGGCGCCAGCCCCACCAGCCGCCCCACCGAGCUGCUCCCCAUCGAGCUGGACGAGAUGGUGGGCAAAGGGCAGUUCGCGGAGGUGUGGAGGGCCAAGCUGAGCCACAGCCGCUCGGGGCAGUACGAGACGGUGGCCGUGAAGAUCUUCCCCUGCGAGGAGUACUCCUCCUGGAAGAACGAGAGCCAGAUCUUCACUGACGCCAGCCUGAAGCACGACAGCGUCCUGCGGUUCCUCACUGCUGAGGACCGUGGCGCGGGGCCGCGCCGGGAGUACUGGCUCAUCACCGCCUACCACAGCCGGGGCAACCUCAAGGACUACCUCUCUCGUCACGUCCUGAGCUGGAUGGACCUGCAGAAGAUGGCGGGCUCCCUGGUGAGUGGGGUGGCCCACCUCCACAGCGACUACACCGCCUGCGGCAGGCCCAAAAUCCCCAUCGCCCACCGGGACAUCAAGAGCACCAACGUCCUGGUGAAGAAUGAGCAGGAGUGCGUGCUCUGCGACUUUGGCAUCGCCAUACGCCUCGACCCUUCCCUGACAGUGGAUGACUUUGCCAACAGCGGGCAGGUGGGCACCGCCAGGUACAUGGCCCCAGAGGUCCUGGAGUCCAGGGUGAACCUGGAAGACCUGGAGUCUUUCAAGCAGAUGGAUGUCUACUCCAUGGCCCUCGUUUUGUGGGAAAUGGCCUCCAGAUGCGAAGUGGUAGGAGAGGUGAAGAAUUACGAGCUGCCUUUUGGGUCAAAAGUCCAGGAGCAGCCCUGCGUGGAUACCAUGAGGGACAUCGUGCUGCAUGGCAGAGGACGCCCCGAGAUCCCCAGCAGCUGGUUGGUGCAUCAGGGAAUGCGCUUUCUGUGCGACACCAUCACGGAGUGCUGGGACCACGACCCCGAGGCCCGUCUCACCGCCCACUGCGUGGCCGAGCGCUUCAACCUGAUGGCGCAGAUGGACUGCGACGACAUCCUCAACAACAACACGGACAACGAGGCCACCAAAACGGCUUCUCCAGGCGGGGAGCCCCAGGACAGCGACGGGAGCAGAAACGGGCAGUGACACAGCAGGCAAAAGGCCUGGUCGUCGGAGAUGAGAAGACGAUGAGUGAGGAGCAUUUAGCUCAUGGGGGGAAAAAAAAUCCCCGCUUCCUUUUUCCAAAUGGAACUAAGAUCCAGUACGUAACUUAUUUAUGAGAUCUCUCUCUUCCCACACAGUGAACUGUGGAAUCAAUACUUUGGUUAAAGUGUAACAUUAUAUACGAACUGAUUUUGUACUUACUUUAAAUGUAUAAUGAUGCAAAGCAUUCCUUUUAUUAUUUUUUAAAAUAAUAAUGUUUAAUCUUUUAUUAAUAA